AUGGAUAUAUUGGAGGAUGGUACCGAUUGUAUAAAACUUAGUAUAAAUGAGGAAUAUGUCAAAAGAUAUACAAAAUUCAAAGAUAGGCAAUUGCUUAGUAAGGAGGAAGAACUAUUGGACGGCAGUUCAUCUUCCACAGACGAUGAAAAUGCAGUACUUCUCAAUGAUAAAGUUCAGGAAAAGAUACUAAUUACUCUAGAUAAGAUUAAGAGGAAGGAUCCCAUUAUUUAUGAUUCAAAACAUGUGUUUUUUGAGGAUGAAGAUUUUCAGGGCCCAGAUAAUGAAUCAAUAGAUGAUCCAACAAAAUUGAGUAAUGAUAAAAAUGGCAAGGUUACGUACACAGAUUUUUUGAGAAAAAAUUUGCUGGAAAAAGGAGCCAAAUCAUUCGUGGAAUCUGAGGAAAUAAUUGAAAAUAUGGGUAAAUUUAAGAAUGUGGAGAUUUCAAACGAAGCAGAGGAAGCUAAAAGAGCAUUUUUAAAUGCAUUUAAUGAGGCAAAUAACUUUAGUGAAGAUCAUGGUGACAUUUUAACAGUUAAAAAAAAGGAAUUAAAUGAGACUAAGGAAGAUGAAGGUAGAUUUAAAAGCUUUUUGGAUAGGCGAAAACUAAAUAUAGAUGGAGAUAUCAUCGCUAGGUUUUGGGAAUCAGACACAUUAUCCAAAGAUGAUCAAUUUCUACGUGACUACAUACUAAACGAGAGAUGGAGAGAAGAUAUUCCUGGCAAUUACAAUACAUCAUCAAUUAUAGAGCAAGUGGAUGAGAAAGAGGAGGAUGUUGAAACAGCGGAACUAUUCGAGCAUGCUUACAAUUACCGCUAUCAAGAACCCCAUGGAUCUGAAAUAUUAUCUUACGGACGUGAAAUAUUGGAUACAGUUAGGCGUGUUGAUGAAAGGAGAAAGAAGAAAAGGGAACGGUUGAAAUUGAGGAAAUUGGAAGAAAAUAAAGUGAGGAUGGAGGAGUUGAAGCGGAUUAAGGAGAUCAAGGUUAAGGAUGCCAACGAGAAACUUAAAUUGCUUUCUAAGGUUACGGGAAUUCCGUUGGCUAAAUUAGAUGUAAAUUUAGACGCUCCAUUUAAUUCCGAAUUGCACGAAAUAGAAAUGGAAAAAAUGUUGGGCCAUGAUUACUACAAGCAACCUGAAGAAUUGAAGGGUAAGGCCUUAUUGGCUGAUGAUAUUCUUGAAAUCAAUCAAGUUGAAAUGAAGCCUGAACCCAACAAUAAGGAGCGGAAUGGUAUUAGUUAUGGUGUAAAUGAAGCAGAUUUGGAUGAAAAUGAGUAUGUAUGGUGGAUUUGCGAUUAUUGUGGUGGAGGGAUUUUGGAGGGGCAUAAGCGAUUUGAUUGUGAAAUUUGUGAUAACUACACAUUGUGUAAAGCAUGUGUGCCUCUGGCCAAUCAUAAACACAAAUUAAUCCGAAAAAAAGUUUCUAAAGGACACCAACCUCCUCCUGAAUUCACCAGUUCUACAAAAAUGGAGAAGAACUUGAUGGGGUUGAUGGACGAUUCCGAUAAUUUCGAGUAUGAAGACAUUAUUGGCGGGGACUUGCCAGUUAGAUUCAAAUAUAGGAAAGUUCGAGCUGAUAAUCUCGGUUUGAGUAUUGAACAAGUUUUGAGUUCCGAAGAUAAAGAGUUGAAGAAUAAAUGUUCGAUUAGGAAAUUGUUAGCUUACACUCAUUGA